AUGAAAUUUACGGCUCAGAGAAGAUGGAAGAAAUCGUCUGAGCAAGUUUUUGACGACAAACUCGACACAGCUGCUGCGCAAGAUGAGGAUGGUGUUUGUACUGUGUUCGGAGAUCCACAUUACAGAACAUUCGAUGGAAACAGCUAUUCCUUUCAAGGCGCAUGUCGGUACAUCUUGACAACUGACUGCUCUCCGGACGCUCCUUCUUGUGAAGAUGGUUCCUUCUCGGUGAUUGUACAAAAUGAUGCGCGCCUCAGUCCGUACAGCUGGACUCAGAACGUGACUUUUUCCUUAUACAACCAGAUCACUGGCUUUUAUUCCAUCAAGCUUCUCCAGGGACUACGAAUUGAAGUAAAUGGACUUCCGUUGCUCCUCCCAUAUUCCGGAAACGGCGUCAACAUUUUCGAGCAAAAACACAAACUGCGGCUCACCACACGCGUCGGCAUUUCGAUUCUUUGGGAUGGCCGCUCGAUGCUUGAGAUCACGGCGAAACCGGAACUUAAGAAUUCGCUCUUUGGCCUUUGCGGCAAUUUUGAUGGCGACGCCAGAAACGAUUUCAACUCAUCCACGGGAAAUGUAAUGCUCGAUUCAAAUGAAUUCGCCCAAAGUUGGAAAAUUCCUGGAGAAGGGUUUUGCAGCAUUCAGUCUCCUUCACGGCGAUCAAUUGAAUCUUGUCAAGCGCAACCGAUCUCCAUCCAAUUCGCUGCUCACAACGAAUGUCAAAUCUUCAAAAGUCCAUCCUUUCAGAACUGUUUUCCCCUUGUUUCUCCUCAAUUCUUCCACAGAUCGUGCUUGAGCGAUGCUUGCGCCAGAUCAUGUCCAGACAAGGCCAAAUGUGGAUGCGACUCGAUGAGGGCAUAUGUGUCCGAAUGCGCCAAAAAAGGACUGAAGAUUCAUUGGAAGGAGCAUCAGUAUUGUAACAUCCAAUGUACCUCGGGGAAGAUCUACUCCGAAUGCGGAACGAGCAAAUGCCGUCGUUGCAAGAAAUAUUGGGCGGAUCGUAACGGUCUUGAAUCCUGCACUGCCAAAAGAUGUCGCCCUGGCUGUUAUUGUCCUGAAGGCAAAAUCGAGUACAAAGGAGUCUGCAUUAAGCCCAAGCGAUGCCCAAGCCGAUACAAAUUCCAGGGCGUCAUUUUCUUCGACGGGCGCCCGUUCUAUCAAUUAGACUCGCGAAAGUCUCAAAAUUCUGUGUUUGACCUAUCACGGCGAAAAUCAAGCUCAAGAAGGAAGAAAAAGCGCAAACGAAAAAAGUCGCGAAAAUCAAGACCAGUUCUCCGAGAUUAG